ACGUAUAUUGUACCUGCUGCGAGCAGAGUUAAGUUAGAGCCCAGUCUUGGGACUGUCUCACGAAGGGCACAAGCGCCGAAUGCUCGUCUAUAAAGUAAGAAACCGCCUACUCCUGUGAAAAGCCCGACACUGGUUUCAUAACCGAGAGCAGAGCGCUUGAAGACUGCGAUGAGUCGUGAGAGCGGCGCUCAUUUCACAGGGUUUAAAAGAAAAGCGGGGACGCGAUUGGUGUUUUAUCUAAUGAUUGCAAAUGAGAUAAGGACUCUCAACGGACUAAAAUCGAUCCACUGUUAAAUCAGCGCUGGACUGCUACCUUUCUUCUUCUGAUAAGUGAACAGAAGUUUUUUUAAAGCUCGCUCAAGGAGCCGAGUCGGAGAAAUGGAGCUGUCCACGGUUUCAGGACUCGACUUGGCCGAUUUAUAUUCAGCUUUCCCGUUUAAUAACACCUUUCAAGAAUAUCCAAACGGACUCAUGUCGAACAGAAGUGCCAACGAGACCGAGCCGAUCCCGGAGAGCAGUUACGCGAGCAUCAUCAUCGCUAUCUCCAUCACCGCUCUCUACUCGGUGGUCUGUGUGGUCGGACUACUUGGGAAUAUUCUUGUAAUGUACGGCAUCGUGCGAUACACGAAAAUGAAGACAGCUACCAACAUUUACAUCUUUAAUCUUGCUCUGGCUGAUGCUUUGGCUACCAGCACACUCCCUUUUCAAAGUGCCAAGUACCUGAUGGACACCUGGCCGUUUGGUGAACUUAUCUGCAAGAUCGUCCUUUCUAUUGAUUACUACAAUAUGUUUACUAGCAUCUUCACUCUUACCAUGAUGAGUGUGGAUCGCUACAUCGCUGUGUGCCAUCCUGUCAGGGCUCUAGACUUCCGAACUCCAGUGAAAGCCAAGAUUAUUAAUGUCUGUGUGUGGAUCCUUUCUUCAGCCAUUGGGGUGCCAAUAAUGAUAAUGGCUGUCACCAGAGUCUCAGAUAAAGGUAAUAUUAAUUGCGUGUUGAAGUUUCCAGAUCCAGACUGGUACUGGGACACAGUAACCAAGAUCUGUGUCUUUAUUUUUGCCUUUAUCGUGCCAGUUCUGGUGAUAACCAUAUGCUAUGGGCUAAUGAUCCUCAGACUGAAAAGUGUGCGCCUGCUCUCAGGCUCAAAGGAGAAGGACAGAAACUUACGGAGAAUCACUCGCAUGGUCCUGGUGGUUGUAGCUGCCUUCAUCAUUUGCUGGACGCCCAUUCACAUUUUUGUCAUUGUGAAGACUCUCAUGGAAAUUGACAAGAAGAACCCAUUUGUGAUUGCCAGCUGGCAUCUCUGCAUCGCCCUCGGCUACACCAACAGUAGCCUGAACCCUGUCCUCUACGCUUUUUUAGAUGAAAAUUUCAAGAGAUGCUUCCGUGAUUUCUGCAUCCCCUUUCACUCCAGAAUGGACCAGAAUAGCUUCACUCGAGGAAGGAACACCACAAGGGAGCCAGUCUCGGUCUGUGCACCUUCAGAAGGAGGGAAGAAACCAGUAUGACUAGACAUGGAUCAGCAGCCUUACAUGCCUCGUUCUAGAAGAACCCAGCAAGAGCUUCAGUCAGAGGUCACUCAGAUUUCUACUACUGAGUUCUAGCAGUUCUAGUGAUCUCGGGUAGGAUUUUGCAGCCCUAUAACAAUGCUCUAGUUAGCUCUUUUUUCCACUUCCCUCUAUAGUAAUCCUUUUGAAUUCCUUAUGUGAUUUGCUACAGCUGCUUUGCAUUUCCAACAAACUCUCCCAUCACAUAGACUUUUACAGAAGCUCUCAAAAGAAAUGCAGCGGCCAUGUCUUAUUAUUGGUCCUUUUAGAUAUUUGAUAAAGGACAUAGAUGCCAGCUUGGAAAAGAGAUUUUUGAUGUAUUACAUUUAAAAAAAAAAUCUGCUAAGUAUAAACUCUGAAAUUAGGAUUUUUUCCUUUAGAAGACAAUACGAGGACAUGUGCAUACUUCUGUGACUGACAAACAUUUGCAGAAGUUUCUUAUAUUUGGUGUAAUUUUGAUCAUCAUCACGUUCACACAGACUUCUGAAAGGCUCAAUGAGUUAGAAGCUGACGUGAAUGGAAUUUAAGGAGCUUAGGCUAAUAACUGCUAUCCUAUGUACUUUGAACGCAGACUGAAGACAAGUACUGUAGGAAUAUUUAUUAUCUACCAGAGAUGUCAAUACUGGACUAUGUGAAAUUAACCCGGUAUUCAACAGAAGAGAUAUAUUUUUUAAUUAACAUCACUUGGGUUGUACAAAUCUGGCGGUGCGCACAAAACUCAUCCACAUUUACCCUAUGAAGAGUUUUUGUUUUCACCUUUUUUAUGUGGAGUUGCAAUGGACUUCAGUCAUUCUGUUGAUGCUGAACCCUGGUGCAUUUUGCAAAAGGUAAAUUGG